UUUUUUUUUGGACCCCCCCACACUUCCUCCUUCCCUCUUUCCACAAGCUUUUGCUUCCUAUAAUAAUAGGUCAGCCAUUUCUCUCUCUCUUAACAUUUCUUCACAUAAAAUAAAUUUCCUCUCUUUUUUCCUCUCUUUGCUAUUUAUGUAGUUUAAGCUAAAGUUGAGUACUUGCACCUUUGCUUCACCAGUUUCAGAUAAAAAGAGUUAUAGUUGUGAAAAUGGGAAGACCACCAUGCUGUGAUAAAGAAGGUGUUAAGAAAGGACCUUGGACUCCUGAAGAAGAUAUCUUAUUAGUCUCUUAUAUCCAAGAACAUGGCCCUGGAAAUUGGAGGGCUGUUCCAACUAAUACAGGGUUGCUUAGGUGUAGCAAGAGUUGUAGGCUCAGAUGGACGAAUUAUCUAAGACCAGGCAUCAAACGAGGCAAUUUUACUGACCAAGAGGAAAAAAUGAUCAUACAUCUUCAAGCACUUCUAGGCAACAGAUGGGCCGCAAUAGCAUCAUACCUUCCACAGAGAACAGACAAUGACAUCAAGAACUACUGGAACACACAUCUGAAAAAGAAGCUAAGGAAAAGCCAAUCAAAUCAUCAUCAACAAAGCUCAAGAUCAGAUGGUUUUACAUCCUCACCAUCAUCUCCUGAAAAUCAUAGUUCAAGCAGUAGAGGUCAGUGGGAAAGAAGACUUCAAACAGAUAUUCACUUGGCAAAACAAGCCCUAUGUGAUGCUCUUUCAUCAAUGGAUCAAAAAACAAGCAAUAAUAAUAGUUUGCCUGAUUUGAUGAACACAACAUCAAAGAUUAGCUUACAUUCAAACCCUAAAGAAGGGCAAACAGCAUCAUCUAUCUAUGCUUCAAGUACUGAGAACAUAGCGCGGUUGCUACAAGGAUGGACUAAGAAAUCCUCUAAGAAAGAGCAAUCUAGCUCUCUUUGUAGCACAAGGGAAGUUGAUUAUGAUCAUGAACAAAAACCGAAAAUUAGUAGUGAUCAUCAAUUUACAAACAAUGAGGCUUUUCAGUCUUUGUUUGGUACCAUUGAAUCUAGUGAGUCUCCCUACUCCGAUUUCUCUCAAGCAGUGUCACCGGAGGCUAGCUUCUUUGAGCAUGAAAGCAAGCCAUUGUGUGAUGGUGGACGAGGCACGUUGUCUGUGCUAGAGAAAUGGUUGUUUGAUGAAUGCUCUAUUCAACAUUGUGGUCCACAAAGCCAAGAUCAAGACCUAAUUGAUAUGCCCUUGCAAGAAACAGCUGAUUUUGUAUGAAGAAAUUAAACUAGAUUGAAAGAUUUUAUCUUAGAAAGGUUCUAAGGACAAUGAAAAUUUCAAGGGAAUUUUCUUAUUUUCAUAUUCCUUGGAGUCUUUCUUAGAUUGAACAAUAGAGUUUAGUCUAGAUCAACAAGGAUGUCCUUCUUGUAACUAAGGAGAUUAUUUGUUAUUGUGGCAAUUAUUCACCAUAUAGUUCAUUUGAAUAAGAUUUUAAUUCAUUUAUGAA